AUGGCGGACAUUAAUGUAGAGGAGGUGCUCAAGAAGUUGACUCUCUCCGAGAAAGUCGAUCUUGUAGCUGGCAUUGAUUUCUGGCAUACCAAAUCUAUCCCCGAGAAGGGCAUACCCUCCCUCCGCUUCACCGAUGGCCCCAACGGUGUCCGCGGUACCAAGUUCUUUAACGGUGUCCGUGCCGCCUGUUUCCCCUGUGGUACAUCGCUCGGCUCUACCUUCAAUGCCCCUCUCCUCGAGGAGGCCGGCAAGAAGAUGGGAGAGGAAGCCAAGCUCAAGGGCGCCCACGUCAUUCUUGGGCCCACCAUGAAUAUGCAGCGCGGUCCCCUCGGCGGUCGAGGAUUCGAGUCCCUCAGUGAGGACCCCGUGCUCUCCGGUCUUGGAUCUGCUGCCCUGAUUAAGGGUAUUCAGAGCACCGGCGUCCAGGCUACGGCCAAGCAUUUUGUCUGCAAUGACCACGAACACAAGCGCAAUGCGGUCCAGGUCAAGGUUACGGAGAGAGCUCUCCGUGAGAUCUACGCUCUUCCUUUCCAGAUCUGCGUCCGGGAUGCUGCUCCUGGGGCAUUCAUGACGGGCUACAACGGCGUCAACGGAGAGUACUGCAGUGAGAGCCCUAAGCUCAUUGAUGGCCUCUUGAGGAAAGAGUGGGGGUGGGACGGCGCCGUCAUGAGCGACUGGUACGGAACCUACAGCACGACUGCCUCCGUACAUGCCGGUCUCGACAUUGAGAUGCCUGGUCCUAGUCGAUUCAGGGGCGACGCUCUCAAGUUCAACGUUUCUACCGACAAGGUCCGGGAACACAUCCUAGACGAGCGUGUCCGUGGUGUACUCAAGCUUGUCAAGGCUUGCGCUGCUUCGGGCGUUCCCGAGAAUGCACCCGAGGUUACUGGCGACACUCCCGAGACGGCGGGGUUGUUGAGGAGGAUUGGCAAUGAAGGUAUCGUUCUGCUGAAGAACGACAGAGAGGUUCUUCCGUUGAAGAAGGACAAGAAGACCGUUGUCAUCGGUCCUAAUGCAAAAGUAGCGACCUUCCAUGGUGGUGGCUCCGCAGCGCUGGCGCCCUACUAUGCCGUUACGCCAUUUGCCGGCAUCACUAGCAAGCUCACGUCUACCCCCAAGUACACCAUCGGUGCCAACUCGCACAAGAUCCUCCCCCUUCUUGACGGUCUCCUCAAGACACCCGACGGCAAGCCCGGCUUCCUCAUGAAGGUAUACAACGAGCCCCCGUCAGUGCCAGACCGAGAGGUUCAGGAGGAAUACGUUAUCACGAAAACCGAGCUCCUCUUCAUAGACUACUCAAGCCCCAAGAUCAAGUCCGGCACGUGGUAUGCGGACUUUGACGGUUCGUUUGCAGUUGAGGAGGACUGCGAGUGGGAGUUUAGUCUCAUAGUCUGCGGUACCGCUCGUCUCUACAUCAACGGUAAACUCGUAGUCGAUAACAGCGUCAACCAGACCCAGGGUUCGCAUUUCUUCUCUCAGGCCACCAUCGAGGAGAAGGGCCGCAUCCAGCUCAAGAAGGGCGAGAUCUACGCUAUAAAGGUAGAGUUCGGAUCCACCCCGACCUCGGAGCUCUCUAAGUCUCGCUCCCUCUUCGGCAACGGCAUCCUCCGCGUCGGCGGAUGUCUAGUCAUCGAGGACAAGAAGGAGAUUGAAAAAGCUGCUGCCCUUGUGAGGGACGCCGACCAGGUCAUCAUCUGCGCCGGUCUCAACGCCGACUGGGAGUCUGAAGGCUUUGACCGCGAGAGUAUGGAUCUGCCCGGCCACCUCGACGCCAUGAUCGCCGCCGUUGCGGACGUGAAUCCCAACACCGUGGUUGUUAUGCAGUCCGGUACCCCUGUCACCAUGCCUUGGAUCUCCAAGGUCCCCGCGGUCGUCCAGGCAUGGUACGGCGGCAACGAAACGGGUAACUGCAUUGCUGACGUCCUCUUCGGCGAUGCUAACCCCUCAGGCAAGCUUCCCCUCAGCUUCCCCAAGACGGUCCAGGACAAUCCGUCCUUCCUCCACUUCCGUACUGAGGCCGGACGCACUCUCUACGGUGAGGACAUCUACGUUGGCUACAGAUUCUACGAAUAUGUCAACCGUGAAGUCCUUUUCCCCUUCGGCCACGGUCUCAGCUACACGACCUUUGAAUUCUCGGACCUCUCCGUCGAGGAGGACAAGGACGGCAAGAUCUCAGUUACGGUUACCGUCAAGAACACGGGAUCACGCAAGGGCGCGGAGGUGGUUCAGGUCUACGUCGCUCCGAAGCAGGCGGCCGAGGUCAGCAGGCCGAUCAAGGAGCUCAAGGGUUUUGCCAAGGUUGAGCUCGAGGCCGGCGAGAGUAAGCCUGUGGUUGUGGAGAUUGAAACCAAGUAUGCCUUCAGCUACUUCGAUGAGGUGCGAAAUAAGUGGUGCGUUGAGAAGGGAGAGUACGAGAUUAUUGUCAGCAAUAGCAGCCAGAUCAAAGAAGGCCAGGCGGUCAGCGGAUUGAUUCGCAUUGCUGAGACUUGGUGGUGGUCGGGUGUGUAA